AUGGUUGUAAAUGGUUUGGAGGAACUUUCUGGUGUUUUCUGCUCUGGUGAAAUGCCAAACGGGAUUUCUGGUCUGUUUUAUUUUGGUGAUCAUCGAUCGACAGUGGGAAUGGGUACACCAAAGGAGCACAUAGAAGAAAUAAGGAGAAGCAAGUUCUCAAUAGGAGGUGAAGCAAAUCCACUUACAGAGGAUCUUCAUCAGGCUGUUAAGAAUCUAUCUGCUGAGCUUUAUGCUAAGGAUGUCCAUUUCCUCAUGGAACUCAUUCAGAAUGCGGAGGAUAACGAGUACGAGGAAGGCGUGGAUCCCUCGCUGGAAUUCGUGGUAACUUCAAAAGAUAUUACGGAGACCGGAGCUCAGGCGACGCUUUUGAUCUUCAACAACGAAAAAGGAUUCUCCCGGAAGAACAUUGAGUCCAUAUGCAGCGUCGGCCGUUCCACCAAGAAGGGCAAUCGCAAGCGUGGAUACAUCGGCGAAAAAGGCAUUGGCUUCAAGAGUGUGUUUCUCAUCACUGCUCGCCCCUACAUCUUCAGCAACGGGUAUCAGAUACGAUUCAGCGAGGAACCUUGCCAGCACUGCAAUGUAGGCUAUAUUGUACCUGAAUGGGUGGAGGCAAACCCAACUCUUUCAGUUAUUAGACAAGUCUAUGGAUCUUCUGCUACCCUUCCAGCCACAACUUUAGUGCUUCCGCUGAAAUCUGACAAGGUGAAACCUGUUAAACAGAAGCUUUCCAGCAUUCAUCCUGAAGUUCUUCUCUUUCUUUCAAAGAUAAAGAAGCUCUCAGUCAGGGAAGACAAUGAGGAUCCCAGGCUUAACACAGUCAGUGCUAUUUCCAUUUCUAGUGAGACUGAUUUUGUUAAGAAGAAAAACAUUGAUGCUGAAUCCUACCUGCUCCAUCUCUCAGCUGAUGAAAAAUCUGGUCUGGGGGAAUGCAGUUACUACAUGUGGAAACAAAAGUUUCCUGUCAGGCGGGAGCAUAGGGUGGAUAGAAGAAUGGAAGUUGAUGAGUGGGUAAUCACUCUAGCUUUUCCCAACGGAGAGCGCCUCAACAGGGGAACAAGCUCUCCUGGGAUUUAUGCUUUUCUUCCCACAGAGAUGGUUACAAACUUCCCCUUCAUUAUUCAGGCUGACUUUCUUCUAGCAUCGUCAAGGGAGACGAUCCUUCUGGAUGACAUAUGGAACCAGGGCAUUCUUGACUGUGUUCCUUCUGCUUUUGUCAAUGCUUUCACUUCACUUGUGAGAUCUAGUGAAGAUGCUCCCAUUUCUACUCUGACUCAUAUGUUUGGCUUUCUGCCAGUGAAUGAAUCUCCUUAUCCAAUUCUUAAUCAUGUGAGAGACUCCAUUAAAAGAAAACUGUUGGAUGAAAGUAUCAUUCCAUGUGAGUCAUAUGUGAAACAACAGUUCUUUCAGAAACCCAAUGACGUUGGUAGGUUGUUUCCUGCUUUCUGGAAUCUGCUGACCAAGGCGAGGAAGCAGGGGGUUGUAUUGCAUAGCAUCUCAUCCCAUGGAAGAUUCAUCGUAAACUCAGCUUUUGAUAAGGAGAUGUACAACCACAUUUUGAACUUUCUGGAAGUGAAACAAGUUGACCAUGGAUGGUAUGCAAAGUGCAUUCAGAGUUCCAAUUUUGUUUUGGGAGUCUCAGAGGAUGUUUACUUAGAACUUUUAGCAUUUGUUGCUGAGAGAUGGUCGUCUUCUUUCAAGACAACUGAGAUGAUGAACAUUCAACUUUUGAAGUACGUUGAUUUUGAUGACGAUGUAGUUUUGUGUAGCAUAUAUGAAGCGCUCAAUGGUGAUCAUUCGUUGCUUUUAUCUCGUGAACCUGGUCACAUCUCUUGGCUGAUCAACUGGAACUCAGAAUUUCGUUUUGUCAAUCAUCUUUUCUUUGCCAAAUCAACACAAGCAGCAGUCGGGGAUCAUUCUAAAAGUCAGACAGUUUUGGAUUGGCUUAAAGAUGAGGUCAAGGUGAGAUCUGUGAAUGUGCAUGACUAUGCUGUUCUGCUUCUUAACUCACACAGUGAUGAUAGAAAGAUUGCUAUGGCUUUAGCCCACUUCUUACAUCAGUCCCUUACAAGGAACUAUUUAUAUAAAGAUCAAGUUGCUGCUUUAUGCCGUAAACUGCCGCUUGUUGAUCACUAUGGACAUGUCACGAGACAGAGGAAAGGGGUAGUGGUGCCUGCAAAUGGAAGUAAAUGGGCGCAGUUGAUUGGUUCAAACCCAUGGAAAGAUGAAGGCUAUGUUGUGCUUGGAGAAGAUUAUUUGCAUUCUGGCAGCUAUGCUGGAGUUUGUAUCAGCAAGGAAGAGCUUUUGGCCUUUCUCAAGAACAAUGUUGCAGCUAUGGACAUUCCAGACCUACCCCCUCCUGAUGCAGAAAUUUCUAGUAUGGCUUCUCCACUGACCAAGGAAAAUGCAUUGCUAAUGUUAGAUUGGAUUCGUAAGAUGAAAAGGAACAGGUUUUCCUUUCCAAAAAGAUUCUUGACCUGCAUAAGGGAGGGAAGCUGGCUGAAGGUAUCACUAAGUGGUAGCCCAGGCUACAGACCUCCAUCAAAAUCAUUCUUCCAUACUUCAUCAUGGGGACAUCUGCUGCAAAAUAGAUCAGUUAUUGUAGAUAUUCCAUUAGUGGAUCAGGGGUUUUAUGGCAGUGAGCUAAUACAGUACAAGGAGGAGUUAAGUACAACAGGUGUCAUGUUUGAAUUUAAAGAGGCAUGUGAAUACAUUGGACAACAUUUUAUGUCUCUGGCAACUUAUUCUACUUUAACCAAAGUCCAUGUGAUGUCAAUACUCAAUUUCAUCAAGUAUCUGCGGGAGAAAUAUCUUUCCCCAGAUACCUUCAUCAAUAGCAUAAAGGAUAGACCGUGGUUGCAGACUACUCAAGGUGAGAAGAGCCCACAAGAGUCUGUUUUCUUGGACAGUGAGUGGGAUGCUGCCUCACAGAUCAGUGACAUUCCAUUUAUUGAUAAUAAGCAUUAUGGGAGUGCAAUUCUUUCCUUUAAAACAGAACUAAAGCUGCUUGGAGUGGUGGUUGGUUUUAAUCAAAAUUACCAGCUCGUUGUUGACAACUUGAGAUCUCCAACACGCUUAGGUUGCCUGAGUUCUGAUGCUUUGUUCUUGAUCCUGAAGUGUAUUCGCAACCUGAGAUCAUCUGAAAAAAUAUGCAGGGCACUUAAGGAUAACAAAUGUAUGAAGUCCAUAAACAUGGGGUGGAAAACUCCAGCUAAAUGUGUUUUGCUUGAUCCUGUGUGGGGCUGCCUGCUGCAGGUGUUUUGCAGUUUUCCUCUUAUUGAUACAAAUUUCUAUGGAAGCAAUAUCUUGUCAUUUAAACGCGAGUUGCAGAAAUUAGGGGUGGUGGUUAAUUUUGAGGAGGCAACUAAAGCUUUUGUUGCUGUGUUCAGGCAGCAGACAUCUAAGGGUUCAUUAAACAAAGAUAGUGCUCAUUCCCUUCUUUCAUGUUACAGAAAGUUAAAGAAAACUAGCUUUAAUUUUCCUUCAGAUCUUAAGAGUUGCAUUCAAGAGGUCGAGUGGUUGCGAACUCGAACUGGUGAUAAAUUACCUAAAGAAUGCAUACUUUUUGAUUCAGCUUGGGAAGCUCUCUCUUCAAUCUCUUUGUUGCCUUUUAUUGAUGAUAGUGAGGCUCGGUACGGAAGGAGCAUUCAUGAGUAUAAGGAUGAACUUAAGAGUUUGGGAGUUGCGGUGACUUUUGAAAGUGGGGCAAAGUUUGUGCCUGCAAGCCUACGAUUUUCUGAUGACCCUAGCGUCAUUACUGUUCCAGCGGCAAUCUCAUUGUUAGUGUGCUUGCAGAAAUUGGAGGUGGAUAAUAAUGAUUAUCUGAUUGCUUUGCGGUUAAAGCUUGCUAGAAAAUGGAUGAAGACUAAUGCUGGUUACAGGUCACCAGAUAAGUGUUUUUUGUUUGGUCCUCAGUGGAAUCCUAUCUUACUGCCUGAAGAUGGUCCUUUCAUCGAUGAAAACUUUUAUGGCUCCAACAUAGGAUCAUAUAAGAAAGAGCUCAAGUCUCUUGGUGUUGUAGUUGAAAUUGGAGAUGGAUGCUCUUUGCUUGCUGAUUAUCUUGAUUCACAUUCCAGCAGGAUUACUAUCACUCGGAUCUAUAAGUACUUGAGCAAGUUCAACUGGGAACCAGCAAAAGAAGAUGCUAGAAAAAUAUGGAUUCCAAAUGGUGAUAACGAUGGAGAUUGGGUGAAUUGUGAUGAUUGUGUUCUGCAUGACAAAAGUGGUUACUUUGGCCUGCAGUUGCAUGUCCUAGAGAAGCACUACGACAGGGAACUGCUCAGUUUCUUCUCCAAAUUAGGUGUCAAAAGCAAUCCUUCUCUUGAUGAUUUUAUCAAGCUAUGGAAUUCAUGGGAAAAUGCUGGCCGCAGUUUGUCACAAUCAGAGUGCCAAACUUUCUGGGAGUUCAUUGUGAAGCACUGGAGCUCACGAACUGAGAAAUUUCUGUCUGAAAACUUGUCAAAACUUCCUGCAAGUUCAGGCUUGAAAAAGGAAAUUUUGAUGCUUGACAAACGUGAUGUUUUUAUUGGUGAUGAUCUCUAUCUGAAGGAUUUAUUUGAAAAGUCUUCUUCUCAUCACUUGUUCGUUUGGUAUCCACAACCAAGCUUGCAAUCUUUGCCUCGACAGGAGCUACUUGAAAUUUACAGCAAAAUUGGUGUUCGUAAUUUGUCUGAAUCUGUUUUGAAGAAAAGCCUGUCUUCUGUUAAUUGUGAUGGACUUAAGCAGGUGCAGCCAAAAGAAAUCUUCAUUGGGGGGAGGGGUUUGUUUAAGUUAAUUCUUGGCUUCCUUGCUGAUCCUUUACUUCAAAUGGAAGUGCAUAAGAGACAUGAAGCUCUCAAAUGCCUCAUGGAUGUCAGUAUUUUUGCGACAUUAGAACCAAUAACUAUGGAUUGCAGUUUGUCACUUUCUUCUGGAGAAGUCCUGAAUGUGGAAGUGAGCCGAAUGAUUUGUUGGGAAAGAAAAAGUUCAAAGAUCUUCCUACAGAAGCUGGACAAAUCAGGUGGUUACAAAAGCAAGCUUGAGUAUGCGACAUAUUUCUCUGAAGUUGUUACUGAGGGAAUUCUAAAGGAGAAAGAAGAUUUUGUUCCUCAACUGGCUGAAUUGAUCAAGUUGGGGUUCAUCCUGGAAUUUGACGAGGCAGCUAUUGAGUUCUUGAUGAAAACAGAGAAUCUGCAGAUAUUUUUGGAGGAUGAAGAAUUUCUCUCCUCUGCCUUCACUUCUGAAUAGGAGUGAAGACAUGGUUGUAAAUGGUCUGGAAGAACUUUUUGAUUGACUGAGGCCCUCUGUAGAUGCCAAAUGGGAUUUCUGGUCUGUU